AUGGCAGACACAACAAACAAUGCACCUCAAACCUCCUCCUUUUCGGCUACGGUUGUCAAGAAGCACAAGAGUUUCAAAAAACUAGGCCUCCAAUUUGGUGCCAAACCCUUGCCACAGGAUCCCAGUCAGUACAUUGUCUUCCUCGCCAAGGUGACUGGUGCUUUUUCCAAAAAGACCUUUUUGGUUCCUGGUUUGCAAGUCUUGUCGGUCAACCAAACCAUUGUCUCAACCCCGGACGAAGCCUUUGAGGCAUGCGAGCGAAUUCAGGUGGGACACAUUGUCAGUAUUGAAGUCGAAGGGUCUCUACAUAAGGCAAACAAGAAGAAACCAAAGUCCAUAUUUGGUUCCUUUUCCAAGACCAACAAGACGGAAAAGCUGGGAAUUUCCAUCAAACAAGUGGAUGCCUUUGUUUCUGAAGACAUUGUGGGAGAUGGAGACGAAGAAGUAGGAACCGUCAUUCAGAUUACGGCGGUUGAAAAGGAUGGUCUCUUUCCCAAACUAAAGGUUGGCAGCAUAUUGCAUUCUGUCAAUGGGCAAGUCGCGACUUCUUUCAAGAAGACAUUGGGGUGGUUGAAAAACAGUAAACAAUUGACACUGAUUGUACUGGACCCUCCCAAGGAAGAUUUGCAAGAAUCAUCGCCAAGAGGACUCUACACAGAAGACACGACGACGGAUGCUCCCAUUUCUCCGUCACAUUCCAUCGAACGUCUAGAAGCGGAGAAGAUGAGCAGGGAUCGGUUUCCAACUCCCUUGGGGCUUGUGGAAAUCAAUCCAUUGCUCGCGCAAAACUCCUCCGUCAAUAUUGUGCCCACGACUACCAAAAUUGAUCCACUCAAGGAUAGUGCUAUUGGACAGCAUGUUGGGGAACCACAAGAUACCUCCAAUGAUAGGCUGAGAGUCAUUGCCUGUGUGAUGCGGCCUAAUUUGGAGAUUCCACUCGGCCUGACCUUUCGGCAAGACACAAAGGAUGGGGGUGUCAUAAUUGUCAAGGUCGAGCGAGAUGGCAUUUUUGCACACACUGGACUCGAAGCGAACCAAAAAAUUGUGAGAAUCAAUGGACAUAUGCAUCCAUCCACCACAGUCAACAGCGGGGCUGGCAAACAACAACAGUUUGAUCAAGCAGUCGACUUGUUGCUUCAAGCCAAGGGAAGAGUCACCAUUGAAGCGGAAAGUGAUAAUGAUGCUUCUCAAAUCGUCACCAGAGAACGUCGGAUCUUUAGUAUUCAAAAGGCAAAGAGAACUUUGCAAUUGGACAUUGGACUCCAGGAAAACAUCCGUGAGAAUUGCGUUCAAAUUACCAAGGUUUCUCCGACUUUGGACAAGGUGCUGGGGCUCAAGAACGGUUUGCAGCUUCGUUACAUCAAUGGCAAGGCUUGCAAUCCUUACGAUAUUACCAGUGUUCACAAACAAAUGGAUGAAGCCUUUCCGAUACUCUCAUUGGAAUGCAUUGCCAAGUUAGAACCACAAGCAGCAAUAGCUCUAAGUCCAACGGGAAGCAGUCCGGCAAAUGUUCGAGUGGUAGCAUGCAUCAUUCGACCCGAUGUUUCGGUGGAUCUGGGAAUGACUUUUCGACGCGACAUUCAAAGUGGCUGCCUUAUAAUUGAUACUGUGGCAUCCAAUGGAUUGUUUGCUAAAACGGGGAUUCGCGCCAAUCAAAAAAUUAUCAAGAUCAAUGGUCAUCCGUAUGCUCACAUAUCGGCACUGAAAUUGACACAAGCCAUCCAACUGUUACACGAAAGCCAGGGAAGACUGACGAUUGAAGCUGAAACCGUAUUAUCAUCUUCACCAUCCUCGCCGCAAGGCCAAAUCGAUAAUAACAUUUUCACGAUUCAAAAGGCCAAGAAGAGUUUCCAGUUGGGACUUGGUUUACAACAAGUCAAGUCACCGGGAAGGCCAGCUUCGAUUAUUAUAUGCAAUGUUUCUCCGACGCUAGAAAAAGUUCUCGGAUUGAGAAAGGGACUUGAAUUGUUGUGCAUCAAUGGGGUACCUUGCGAUGCCAAUAACAUACCUAGUGUCCAUGCUCAAAUGGACUUGGCAUUUCCCAUGCUGUCCUUAGAGUGCAAAGAACCUCCUGUCACUCCUUCAGAAAACCGGCGCCCAUCGCGAUUGGCAGCUCCUACGAAGCCAGUGGAAGAAAAGAAGAAUGAUGAAUCGGAGGAGGACGAGGAAUCGUGGAUGGUCCGAGAACAUGCAAUGGCGGAAGACGCCCUACCAGUCCCAGUCUUUGCUUCCAACAAGUCGACGGCCAAGAUUGUUCGAACAGUGGUGGUGGAAAUUCCAAAGACCAAGCUGUUGGGCAAGCCAUCGUCUGUCGAUCAAUUGUUGGGGCUCACUUUGGCAAAACACCGUCAUUUGAAUGCAGUCGUGAUUACUCGUAUUGCGGAUGAAAGUCUUCUCUCUGGACAGUUCUGCGAAGGACAAGUCAUGGUGGGGAUUAACCACAUAUCGUGUCCUCUGACGACGGAAUCGACCUUCAAGAUGCUGCGGCGCAAAGCGAAGGAAGGUCCAUCGUUGCGGAUUGAAGCAGGCGAUGUCGAACAUGUAGUGGAUCCCGAUGGCUUUGGCCACAAGCAAACCUUUCGAUCGUCGCCGGCUGCCAUCCGGAAGGAGAAUCACAAUUCUGCAGCUGAAGAGGAAGAAGCGAACCGCAUGAUGGAGGCCAUUCGAAUUGGCAUGAUCAAGGCGACGGACGAAGAAAUCAAGGAAGAAUACGACAUGACGGGGCCUGUCUAUUCGGACGAUAUGGAAUUUGACGACUUUUCACCCAUGCCUAAGAUUAUCAUGGAAGGGCUUCCACCGGAGCUCUUCCCCAACCAGAGCACCUCGCCACAAGCUGCUACCGGAAAGAACACUCAAAAGAAAUCGAAACAAAAGAAGAAAGAUCAAGUUUACUACCACGAUGAGCAUCCCGAGGUGUUUGAUUGUUGA